AAAGAGGAUGACGACUAAUGGCUUUCUUUUUAUAUAUAAAGAUAAAAAGUUUAUAGGUAGAAUUUUGUGGUUGUCUGUGAUUGCAUGAAGAGAGAAAUAGGAUAGAAGGGGCAAAAAAUGGAUACAUACACAUAUCUCCCCACACCACAAGUAUGAAAUUAUUAUUAGAUGCAGAGUCAUGGGACAUACUUGUACAUAGUCCAUCUUUUUUCCCUAGUGUACCUUCCAUUUUAAUUAUUAGUCCCCUUUGUCUUUUGCCUUCAUUCCUUCUCCAUCACUAAUAAUAUCCCCUUUGCCCCUUUUCUAUCUCUCUCUUUUCUUUAUUUAUAAGUUUAUUUCCUACUACUAGAUUUGCAGGGGACAAACCUAAACUUCUUCUCUUCUCCAAUUAGGGUUUUCCUUUUUACAGAGCUGAUCACAAGUAACUAUUCAACUUGUGAAGCUCACUUCUUCUUCUUUUUUUUCUUUCUUUUUCAAUCUGCUACUGUUUUAGUGUUUUUUACUUUGUUUUUUGUUACUUUGAAGAAAUAAGAGCCAAGUUUUGAUCUCAAGGAGCUCCCUGAAAGAGAAAAAAAGGUUGAAUUUAGCAUGGAGAAUAACUAAGAUGCAUCCAAGGUAUGACCUAGUGGUCAACGAAGUUGGAUAAGAACCAUGAGGUAGAAGGAUUAAUGGCAUCAUCCAGCUCGUACAACUCCCCUUGUGCUGCCUGCAAGUUCUUAAGGAGAAAGUGUUUGCCUGGCUGCAUUUUCUCACCUUACUUCCCACCUGAGGAGCCACAAAAAUUCAUCAACGUUCACAAAAUCUUCGGCGCGAGCAACGUCACUAAGCUCCUCAACGAACUCCUUCCGCACCAAAGAGAAGAUGCAGUCAACUCUUUAGCCUACGAAGCCGAAGCGAGAGUGAGAGAUCCCGUCUAUGGCUGCGUAGGCGCGAUCACUUUCCUCCAACGCCAAGUCGAGCGCCUCCAGAAGGAGCUCGAUGCUGCUAACGCGGACUUGAUCCGCUAUGCUUGCAAUGAGUUCACUCCGCCUCCGCCUCCGCCGCCUUUACCUAUUCAUCAUAACGUGGCUCUUCGGCAAAGGCCGGCUGAAUUUAGUAGAAGAUCAUCAAUGGGACAUGGUGGUGGUGGUGGAGGUUUUCAUCAAACACCUAAUUUUCCUAUGCCAUAUUCUCUCCCUAAUUGGAAUGAUCAUCAAAAUCCUUCUGGGGAUCAUCAUUACUAUGGAGGAGGAGGAGGAGCAAGUAUUUGAUAAAUAUAUUUCAUGAGGCAAAAAUAAUUCACUUGCUAGGGUUUUGUGAUAACCCUCUUUAAGUUUAAACUACUUCUGCUACUACUACUACUAGAGUUUGGCACUUUUCACAUUCACCGUCCUAUAUAUAUCAUCUCUUGAACUCAAAGUCUUAUUCUUAGCAUUUUGUAAUAUGACUAUAUGUUGUCAUAUUCAUGAGAGACUGCUACUACCUAAGAUGUGGCAUGGCAAGUCUAUGGCUGCUAUAUUGAGAAAAGAUGGGUAGCUACUUGAAGUGUGGUGGUAAUUUAUUUAUGGGAUUUGUUUAUGGUCAAUAAAUAAUAAAUGUUACUAUUGCUCAUGUCAUUGUAAAGCAGAUUCUCCAGUUAGAAUCUGUAGCUAUAUAUAUAAAAGUCGUCCUUUAUUAAUUUAUGCA